AUGAGGAGCGAAGGUUUGUGGAAGAAAGAAGCAACCACCACUGCCAGUGGAGCUUCCGGUAACGGGAAGAAUGAUAUAACUCGUGACGUGGUGGGAAUUGCAAGAUCCAUACAAGAAAACACACAACCACCGUUGGAUAUCGCUGCUGGUUUCACUAGAAGAUUUACAUUCGGCGAAUCGUACGACCCUUUUGACUUUUCCAACACCAAGCUCAGCAUGGAAAGGAAGACUUUCCGCAAGUCCAAGAACACAGUAAGCGAUCCCUUCGAAAGAACAGGAAUAGAUCCCCGCAACUUGUACGCCAUGCCUGAAAUAUUAUCCAGAUUCAUCACCAGCACUGGUCAAAUUCUCCCCAGAAGUGUUACUGGAUGCAACGGAAAAAACCAAAAAAGAUUAUCCGACGCCAUCAAGACUGCCAGAGCAUGCGGCUUAUUGUCCAGUACCCACAAGCACGCCAGGUACCUUCCAUCCAGAAACUUGUAA